CGUGCUGACGUCACGUAUGCGGAAGUAAUCGGCUAACCAUGUAGCAUUACCCAAAAGCAAAAUAGAGACAAUAAAUCUGCCAACAAUUCGACUUUAUUGCAUUAUUACAUAUUUAAUUCGACCCAGUGGCUCUUUGUCGAUCUCUUUUUUGCCAGCACGAGGAUUUAGAGGCUCCCAAACAAUUAAAAUGGAGGAUCCUGCUAACACAGGAGCGGAGUCUGUGGCUUCACCACCAGCUGGUGCGCCCAAAUCAAAGCUGGAUGCUCUGUCCAAAGAGGAUCUCAUCAAGUUUACCAAAAAGCAAAUGGCUGCUUUCCAAAAGAUGAAGAGCAGAUGUGCAGAUUUGGAGAAGGAAGUGGAGACGUUCAAAGAGCCUUGCAAAAACCCUAACUGCAGUUCAGAUGACUCCUCGUUGAUAGAGGAGCUGACAGAGAGGAUGGAUGCAUUAUUGUUGGAGAAGGCAGAAACACAGCAAAGACUUGCGUUGUCUCAAAAAGAACUGGAGAGGAUCAAACAAUUAGCCAAGGAUGAUGUCGCAGAACUCGGCCAUGUGAUCGAAGACCACCAACGGACCAUCGACGCCCUAAAGAUCAGCGUUAAGGAAUCCGACAGUCGGCGGCAAGAAGAAGUGGUACAUUUCCAGAAAUUGCUGAAAGAGCGAGAAGACCGUGACAGGGAGAGAGACAGUGAAUUAGAGAAACAGCACCUUUUUGAGGAAGCCGGCGUCAGUGGUGUAAACGAAAGUUCCCUAAAAGUUCAGCUUCAAACUCUUCAAGCUGAACUCGAAGCCAUCCAAGAGAGAAGCUCGAAGGAGAUCGCCGCGCUGCAAGAGAGUCACCAGUCCGAGCUGACUGAAGCCCAGCAGGAGGUGGAGAACCUGAAGGAAGAGUUGGCCCAGAGGAGCAUCCAGCACGAGGUGGAACUCAGGGCUCUCGAGGAGGAAUGUGAGGUGGAGAAGGAGCGUCUUCUGCUGCUCCAGGAGGAGCUGACUGAGCAGCUGGCUCUCAAAGAGAGCUAUCUGCAGGAUGUCCAAGAAGAAGACGAGGAGCCUGGUCGUAGUUCAGGGAUCGCUAAGAUGCUAGUGCUGUCUGCAUGCAGUCAAGGCGACUCCGGUGGUGUUGAUAGCGAGGCCGCGGAGGGCGGACCACUGAGGGCGGCCAUGGAGGACCUUCACGCUCAGAACACCAUGUUACAAGAUGAACUCACCCUGCUCAGUAAUGUGAAGACCGAGCUCGAGUUGGAGCUGGAGAAAGUCAAAGAGGAGUUCCAGGUGGAAAGGGAAGAGAUGGAUUUUAAGAUCAAUGAGUUGCAGUUGAAUCGAGACAUUGACCCAACCACCCCCAACCUCAUAAACGUUGACUCUGAAAGGACCGUAUCAUGUGAAUCCAAAGAGUCACCGGUCAUGCCAGUCCAAGACCAAAACCAACAGAAUCAAGAUGUGCAAGAGAACCUUAAGUCCCAGUGUGAAGCAUUGACCAGAGAGAGGGACUCUGCCCUGGCUGACUUCUACCACAUGAGGGACGUACUGCAAAAGUUUGAGACAGAGCUGGCUCAGAAGACCAACGACUUUGUUCUACAGUACAAAGCCAUGAAGGAGCAGGGAGCCAACUCGUUACAGAACCUUCAAGACAAGAUAGAGCAACUCAGCCACGAGAAAGAAGAGUUGUCAGCCAAAUUUGAAAGGGUUACAGAGGAGAAGACUAUUCUUAUGGAGACUGUGCAGGACCUAAAAAUGAAGUUCGAGGGUGACUCGGCCGACGAGCAAAAGUCCACAGCAGAGAAACAAACUUUAGCACUUGAAACUGUGGAGAAGCUCACCGAGCAGAAUGAGGAGAUCCUCUCCCAACUACAAGUGAAAGAGACCGUGACUGAAGAACUGGGUGAGCUGGUGAAUACACUGACUGAAGAGCGAGAUAGAAUCCAGACCUUGCUUCAACUUCGAGAGGAGGAAAUGCAGGAGCUGAAAAGUGAAAAGGGCAAAGAAAUCGAGUGUCUGCAGGAGGAGAAGGAGGCGGCACAACUGCUGAGAGAAGAGAUCGAAAGGGAGUUGAAAGUCUUGAAAGCAGAGAAGGAGAAUGAAAUGCAAGUUUUGAAAGAGGAGAGGGACAAGACCGAGGCCAGCCUGAAAGAAGAAGUGGGCAGACUACAACAGGCUAUGUCCUCUUUGGAGCUGAGUCUCCAAGACAUAUCUGCAGACAAUACCUGCCUACAUCAAAAACUGGAGGAGACGUUAGCCACGCUUUCCCAAAGCCAGGAGGAGCGGGAACUUGUGGGUUCCAAGCUGGCAGCUGCAGAGGAGCAACUAGAGCAGGAGUCAUCCCGGAAAAAGGAUCUUGAAACAAUGUUGAAUUCUCUAAGAGAAAAUGAAGCUAAGCUCGUUCACAAUACAACGACAGAACUGGAGACCCAGUCGGCAGCUUUUAAAAACACCAAGAAAGAAUUGGAAGACCUCCAAAUAUGCUUCAAAGAGCUGGAAUUGGAGAGAAACCUGUUGAGGACUAGUCUUGAAGAGGCUCAAAGGGAACAACGAUCGGAGGAAGCCAUGCCAAGCGAACUUCACACUCUGGAGCAAGAGAGGAACAUGCUGAGAGUCAAUCUGCAGGAGGCGCAAAGAGACACUGAAGGGCUACAGAAAGACCUGAACGACAUGAGGUUGCUCAGUGAGAAGAUGUGCACCGAGAAUCAAACGUUGCAAGCCCAAAUCCAUCUGAUGUCCCAAAGCGGAGAAGAAAAUGAGAAGGCUGACAUUGAGAGUAUGGAGAGAGAAAGUAGAGAAUUUAAAGAGCAGCUGACGGAGAAGGACUCACUCAUAUCUCAGUUGAAGGCUGAAAUGGCUGCUCUGCAGGAUUCUGCCAAGUCAGCGUUGUCUGUGGACAAUAAAGUUGUGGAAAUCACACAUAAACUAGCUGAAAUGGAGCAGAACAACAAAGAAAAGGAUGAGAAAAUCAACAAAAUCAAAGCUGUGGCUGUCAAAGCAAAGAAGGAGCUAAGCAGCAAUAAACAAGAGGUUGUGACCCUCAGGGACGAGGUCGCGUCUCUAAAAGCAGAGCGGGACAAAGUGAACAGUUCAAUGAAGGACAUCAUUCACUGCGCUGAAGGCUACAAGGUACUCUUAACCUCAGAGCUAGAUUACGACAAGCGGAGAGGAGAGAAGGUGGAGGCGGCAGAGAGACAGUUAGUGAGGGGGAGAAAAAGGUUGAGGGCAGUGCUGUCACACUGAGUGCAGUUGCUCAGCAGAGAGAAGGAGGACUUGCUGGCUGCCAUGGAGACCUCCAGGAGCUCAAUGGUGCAGAUAGAAACCCAGAACCAGGAGCUGCAAAAACACUCCGCCAGUCUGGACAGAGAUCUUGUGGCUGAGAGAGCAAUGAAGGAACAGAAGAUGAAGGACCUUUCAUCGGCCGUGAAAGAAGUGGAGGAGCUGACAGGCCAGCUCAGCAAGCAGCAGCAGCAAUUGCAGCGCACUGCCCAGGAGCUGGAGCAUCUACGCAAGGAGGCGCAGCAGAACUCUCUGCUAGACAUGGAGAUGGCCGACUAUGAACGUCUGGUCAAAGACCUCAACGCCAAGCUCUCAGAGAAAGACCAGUGUUCCGAGGACUUGAAGGCUCAAAUAAGCAGACUAACCGAAAAGAAGGAAAGUCUUCAACAAGAAAUUGAAACUUUAAAGUCCCAGUUGGACCAAGCAGAGGAGAAGACCGCCAAGAUUAAACAGUUGCUGGUGAAAACCAAGAAAGAUCUGUCUGAUGCCAAGAAGCAGGAGAGCUCCCUAACGCUGCUGCAGGCCUCAUUAAAAGGAGAACUCGAAGCAAGCCAGCAGCAAUUAGAAAGCUCCAAAAUCGAGGUGUGUGACUUGACGGCAGAGCGUCAUCGUCUGCAGGAGCAGCUCAGGUCUGCGCUGGAGCAGCACCAAAGAGCCAGCAGCUGCCUCCAGCAACAAAUAAACAGUCUGCAGCAGGAGAGGGACAUGGCAAAGGCAGAACUGGUGACAAUGACUGAAGAGUUUGAGGGCUAUAAGGUGAGAGUGCACAAUGUACUGAAGCAGCAGAAGAGCAAGCUCAACGGGCAGAACGAAAGCAACGCCAGCAGGCUAGAAGGAGAGUUGACGUCUCAGGUGGACCAGCUGAGGUCCAGGCUGGCAGAGAACCAGAAGUCUCUCCAAAGCAGCACAGCAGAGCUGCAGCAGCUCCAGAAUGAACAUGACACCCUGUUGGAACGACAUAACCAAAUCCUGCAGGAAAAUGUCAGCAAGGAGGCGGAGCUGCGGGAGAGACUGUUGUCGGUGCAGUCGGAGAACGUGGAUCUGCGGUCGGAGUUGGCUCAGGCUCAGACUAACUCGUCGUCCCACAUGGAGGCCCAGCGACAGACCCACAGGGAGCAGCUGAAGAAGCUGCAGGAGGACCACCGUGCCACGGUGGAGACGCUUCAGCGUCAACUGACCCGUGUUGAGGAGCAACUCUUCAACCUGCAAAGUCAGAACAGUUCCAUGGUGGUCCAGUCUAGCCGGAAGUCUCUGGAGGCCCAGCGCCGAAGUACAGACCCGAAUAAUCCAGGGCUGGUACCGCUGGUCAUGAGCGACCUCCAGUCCAUGGCCAGGGAGGAAGGCGAGGGCAUGGAGACCACGGAGAAUGAAAACACCUCGCCUGCACUUUUACCUUCUCUGGAGCACCUCCUCACAUUGCCAGACCUAAAACAAGAGCCCUUUGAGUGGACUGUGGAGCCCACCAAGGACGAGCUGAGCCACAAGCUGAACACGGCCACACGAAGUCUGGACCACAUGAACGGCCUCCUGCAUGAAACCGAGGCCACCAACGCAGUUCUCAUGGAGCAGAUCAAUCUGUUGAAAAGUGAAGUGCGGCGUUUGGAGCGGAACCAGGAGCGGGAGAAGAGCGUGGCCAACCUGGAGUAUCUCAAGAACGUCCUGCUGCAGUUCAUCUUCCUGCGAUCGGGCAGCGAGAGGCAGGCGCUGCUUCCUGUCAUCCACACCAUGCUGCAGCUCAGUCCUGAUGAGAAGAGCAAACUGGCUGCCAUUGCACAAGGUGAGGAGGAGGCGUCGGGGACUCAGGGCUCCGGCUGGUCCUCUUAUCUCCACAGCUGGUCUGGGAUCAGAUAGAUCACCACAAGACCGGUCAACAGGUUUGCUUUGGUAGAAACCUCCACUGGUAUUCGGAAACAGGGACAAAUGGCGUGAAGUCAGGAUCUAAAAGAAGGGACCAAGGAAUGUAUGAUGGCAAAUGUGAUGGAGAAAGGGAAAAUCUUUGCAUUUUGAAUUCUUAGUGAAAAAUCUAAAUAUAAUUUACUUCAUAUUGAAUGUAAUUCAUCUUUAAAAGGGAACUGCAUUUUUUUUUCUACCAGUCACAACCUAUGUGGUACAAAAACACAUGUGUUUGUUUAUGCAUUCUAACUCAUAAAUAAAUGCUAGCAAAAGUCAGCUAGGGUUCACUCUAUCCCGCAUAUAAAGUGCUCUAAAAACAUUUAUAUAACAACACUACGAAUCAUGGGAGACAACAAAGACCACUUUGGGACAAAUGAUGAUCCAGAAACUUGUAUUUUUGAGCCUGAAUAUAAGGAGGAUGAUCCAUAGAUUUUAGAAGAUGUGUGCUAAACAGAUGAAACACUAAGCACCAUGUAGCAGUAUUGCUAAGAGCUAAACAAUAUAUAAACUAGCAACAUAAUAAAACAAUCACUUACUGUACAAUAUCUGCUCUCACUGGGAUGGAGACCGAUGGGAUGUUUAUAUCUUCCCAUUUAUAAAACAAGCGUCUUUUCGUGUCUUUAACCUCUUAAAGCCAAGCUGUUUGUUUACAUGCUUUUUUAAUUUCUAUUUGAUAUUUGGGCUUAUUGGACCCUAAUUAGGAUAAAAACUGAUAAUCAUCUUUUGAUAUGAUGUACUUAGUCCAUAAGUGUUUGUGUACUUCAUGUUUAGUGACAUGCUAAUUCUUAUUUUUUAAAUUUUUUUCCCAAAAUCCAUUGUAUGUUAUAUUCUUCUGACACCAGCAGAAUGCAGUAUAAGUGUCCACAUAAGCAACCAUAAGACCCCAAUUCAGUAGUGUACACAAUUUUGGAAAUAAGAGCUAAAAGGUGCUGUCCAUGCAUGUGGCCACUAAGCCUUUAGAGGUUUUAGUGCCAUCUCCGGGUCUAAGUUGGAUGUCAAAGUCCACCAACUUGGGGGUUUAUGUCCACAACCUUCUACUAUCCAGGUGAGAGGCACGAUUAAUCAUCUAGAAUUAACUUUCACCAACUCAGAGGCGAUGCGGCGGCUCAACCUGUCUAGUUAACUCUCUGUGAUCACGGCUAAAAAAUAGUUUGUCUGCGUUAGCACUUAUAAUAACAAUUACGCUGAUAGUUGGUUAAUAUUCAGGUCACAAGAUGUAAAUAGAGUAUAGUUGGCGGUUUAUAGUCAGAAUAGACUACUUCCAUUACCUGCUUUGUUAGCUACCUGGUACUUGCUCUAUUUUACGAUUUAGAAGGCAUGAGAAAAAGAAAACCAUGUGUGUUCUUGUCUUACAUAAGGAUUGUGAAUGGUCAGCAGAAUGUUUAAAACCAUGCAGUUCCCCUUUAAGAUGGAGCUGAGGAGCUGGAAAAAAAUGCGAGGAGUGUUUCUCAACCCUCGCUUUGCUCCUCUGCUUUUCCAGUCAUUAAAUUGCUGAGUUUGUCUCAUCACUCCCAGCAAGUAAACAUCUAUUUCCUAUUUGCCGGGUGUUUGAAAACGGGACUUCGAGGGACGCGGCAUUACAUAAUCUUAGUGUACAUUUUAUAUUCAAUUUCCAGAUCAAUGCAAAUUGGGGCGUACAACAGUGUAGACUUGAAAGAGGCCAUAUUAUGCAGAACUACUUUUCAUUUCUUGUUUUUGUGUAUUUGGGAUCUGCGUAAGUAGCGAAAAUGUGAAAUCAAGCCAUGGAGGCAUUGCAGAGAUAUUUAGAAAACAAUGUUGAUUUUCUUCCUACUUCCUACACACCAGACCUUUGACAUUUGUCCAAUUUGUGACAGGUUUGGCAAUUAGCGGUGUAUCCAUAAAUGGAUAACCCAUUGUCGUCAAUAAUCUUCUUUUUCUGUCCUCUUGUUGUGGAGCUGCCGCUGUGGUAGCGUACAGUUCUAACUUAUAUCGGUCAGUAGGCACGCUAUGGACGUGCUAAAAUUCAAAUUAAAAGUUAAAGUCCCAAUGAUUGUCACACACACACACACACACACACACACACACACACUAGGUGUGGCGAAACUAUUCUCUGCAUUUGACCCAUCCCCCUUGAUCACCCCCUGGAAGGUGAGGUGAGGGUGAUAAACACACCUUGUGUGGUGUUCGGGUCUGUGGCACCCGUUUUUCAUUUUUUAUUAAAAGAAAAAUCAUACAAUUAAUGAAAUUUUCAAACUGAGCCUCAAUGAUUUUGGCUCAUUUUCUGUGAAGAACAUAUAUCAGAAUACAUAUUUCAUGAGCACACACUAUACACCCAAAAUCCCCCCCCCCCGCCCCCAGAUGUCAGGGUCCACUGGACCCAGGGCUAAUAGAAGUGUGGAAAUUGAUGUUCUGUGUACCACACACACACACAAACACACACACACACGAGGAGGACAGAGUGUAGGUACACAGAACAUCAGAGGGUCAAAUGUGCGAGAAAAUGAGAGCAAACAGCGUUAACAUACACCCUCCCCUACACAUUUCUGUUACAUAUAAGAUGACCCGGGGCUAAAAGAAGUGUGGAAAUUGAUGUUCUGUGUACCACAAACACACACACACACACACACACACUCACACACACACACAGCAGGCCUAGACUGGAGGAGGACAGAGUGUAGGUACACAGAACAUCAAAGGGUCAAAUGUGCGAGAAAAUUAGAACAGACAAUGUUGACAUACACCCUCCCUGCACAUUUCUAUUACAUAUAAGAUGACCCGGGGCUAAUAGUAGUGUGGAAAUUGAUAAUCUGUGUACCACACACACACAGCAGGCUUAGACUGGAGGAGGACAGAGUGUAAGUACACAGAACAUCAGAGGGUCAAAUGUGCGAGAAAAUGAGAGCAGACAGUGUUAACAUACACCCCCCCCCCCCCCCCCCCCCCUAAACAUUUCUGUUACAUAUAAGAUGACCCGGGGCUAAAAGAAGUGUGGAAAUUGAUGUUCUGUGUAACACACACAAACACACUGCAGGCCUAUACUGGAGGAGGAUAGAGUGUAGGUACACAGAAAAUCAGAGGGUCAAAUGUGCGAGAAAAUGAGAGCAGACAGUGUUGACAUACACCCCCCCCCCCCCCCCCUACACAUUUCUAUUACAUAUAAGGUGACCCCAGGCUAAUAGAAAUGUGGAAAGUGAUGUCCUGUGUACCACACACACGAGGAGGACAGAGUGUAGGUACACAGAACAUCAGAGGGUCAAAUGUGCGAGAAAAUGAGAGCAGACAGUAUUGACAAACAAUGUUGCAACCUUGUGUGGGAACCGCAGGUGCAUAAAGACAAAAGAAGAAUCCCUGUGGGAUGCACAAACUGGCAGAGAAAUUUUCUGUGCAACGUUCAUAUUGUUUUUACUCAGCCAGCGUUUGUGGGUCUGAUGGACCCAUCGCAUUUUGUGGAUUUUAAUGCCUCGCCAUCAAACACUUUUAUGUUGAAAUACUGAACAGGUGUUUAAACAUCUGUUCAGUAUUUCAACAUAAAAGUGUUUGAUGGUGAGGCAUUGAAAGCCACAAAAUGCAACGGGUCGGUCCAUCAGACCCACAACCGCUGGCUGAGUAACAACAAUAUGAACAUCACAGAAGGGUUAUUAAUCCCCAAUUCCGACCCUUGAUGCAGAGUGCCAAACAGGAAAGUAAUGGGUCCCAUUUUUUUAUACAACAAAGAGAAAGACGCUGUCGAAGUGGAGGCACGUAAAUAAGACCCGCCCACAAAACGUCAAAAAAGCGUCUUAAAACGGUCAGUAAAACAUCAUCUAUGCAACAUUUGGACCAAAUAAUUGCUAUGGAAAUCUUUUACUUGUUAAAAAAUAAAUCAUAAUAUAACCUCUUAAACAUUCUGUAUAUUUUUAAAAACAGUCUACUUUCUGUUUUAUUUAUUUAGAUUCAGUUCAGGGUUUUGAAUCCGUCCAUUAUUAAAUUAAGGAUAAAUCCAACGGCUUAUGUAUGUUUAUUUAAAUCAAUCAAAAUAUCUCCAGAGUCAAGUAUUUAAAUGAAUUCAAGCGGAACUUCAUCAUUAACAACAGAAAUAGUUUUAAUAAUCGACUUCCAGACGUGUUUUUUACACAAUGUCCUGUUUUGCCGAUUGUUUUCUGCUGUGAUGCUUGAUUAAGUUGUCAUUUAAUGACUGUGUGAACAUUAUGAAAGUUUAUUAUCCAGUAUUUUAAAGAUUUUAUGGUCACUUUUUUUCUUUAGGGGCAGCUUUUUGUGAUUCUUUCAGCAUUAUUUAUUAUAUAAAUGUUCCAUGACAGGAAAACUAUCAAGCAGUGUGUAUAAAAAAAUGAUUGGGCAUUGAUGGUAAUAUGAUGUGGUUUUGCUGCUGGGGUGUCCGAAGUCUGGACCGCACACAGACUUUUGUUGGCCUUUUGUCAGAAAAAAAAUCAGCAAUAACAAUGGAAGAAAAAAUAUUUUAAAAAAUUGGACUGAAAUGGACAAGUCGCCACCUUGUCCAGGGUGUACCCCGCCUUCCGCCCGAUUUUAGCUGAGAUAGGCGCCAGCACCCCCCGUGACCCCAAAAGGGAAUAAGCGGUAGAAAAUGGAUGGAUGGAUGGACUGUAAUGGAAAAAAAAAUGAAAUGUUCAAACUGAUAAUUAAUAAUAAUAUACUUAGUCACCUAUAACACAAAUUAUUAUAUUUUAAUAUAUAUAAUAUCGUUUUUUAGCAUCAUUUAAAUAAAAAAUAUCGAAAUGGGCCCCCCCCUAUAUUUGGCUUUUUAGUAUGUGGCCCUUGGAGAAAAAAAUGUAAGACACACCUGAUCUAAAUUAUUAGAAGUUCUGGAACAUGAAAUAAAAUAAAUAUGUAUUUAAAAUUUAGUUAGUUGAUUAGUACAUUGAAAAAAUAAAAACUAUACUAAUUAAUAAUAAUACACUUAGUCACCUAUAACACAAAUUAUUAUAUUUUAAUAUAUAUAAUAUCGGUUUUUAGCAUUAUUUAAAUAAAAAAUAUAAAAAAUGCCUCCCCCCAUAUUUGACUUCUUUUUAAAAAAAAGUUCAGACACCCCUGAUCUAAAAUAUUAAAAGUUCUCGAACAUGAAAUAAAAUAAAGAUGUUUUUAAAGUUUAGUUAGCUGAUUAGUUCAUUGAAAAAAUAAAAAUGAUACUAACUUAUAAAUUAAUCAAUUUGAGAAAAAAAUACAACUAUAAUAAACACUGUUAAAUAUGUAACUGAACAUUAAUAUUUUUGUACAGGCAUCAUUUUUUACAUACUAAGUUAUGCAGUUAAACAAUUGUAUGAUUAUUAUUAAUAGUAUUGUUAUAUUCCUACUAGGGGAAAACAAUAGUAAAAAUGUAGGGAAAAACCUAUUAAAAAAUUGGACCUUAAUUAGAAAAAACUGAAAUGUUCAAACAAAUAAUAAUAUACUUGGUCACACAUAACACAAAAAAAAUAUGUUUUAAUACAUGUAUCUGUUUUUAGAAUUUUUGUUGAAAGAACAUGUGAAAAUGUCCCCUGCAUACUUCACUUUUCAGUACGUGGCCCUUAAACACCCCGGAUCUAAAAUGUUAGAAGCGCUUUAAAUAAAAAAUAAAAUUUAAUACGUAAAUAAAGUUUCAUUCAAAAAAUAAAAAUAAUACUAAAUUAUGUAUAUAUUUCAUUUGAAGAAUUACAACAACAAUAUUAAACACUGUUAUAUAUGUAACUGAGCAGUAUUAUUUUUAUACAGGCAGAAUUUUUGACACACUAUUUCAGCAGUUACACAAUCUUAUUAUUAUUAUAUUCUUACGGGGGGGAAACAACAGUAAAAAUGUAAGAAAGCAGUGCAAAAUAAUCUGGAAGUAAAGAAAAAACCUAAAAUUUGUCAACCAAUAAUUAUUAAAGAUAUAGUCAGUCACCAAGUUUUGACUUUAAAUAUACAUAAUAUAUGUUUUAACAUUGUCUUUCAUAAAACAUGUCAAAAUGGCCCCUAUGUACUUGGCUUUUCAGUAUGUGGCCCUUGUGGAUGAUUUGAAAGGUUAGAAACUCUCGAAAUUAAACUAAAAUAAAAAUAUAAACAAAGUUUAGUAAUUUAGUUAAUUGCAAAAUUAAAAAUAAUGCUACCUUAGGAAUAACUAAUUAGAAAAACAAUACAGAAACAACUGUUAAAUGUGCAACUGAACAUUAAUAUUUUACACAACCAUUAUUAUUAGUGUAUUCUUAAUGGGAAAAACGGUAAAAAUGUAAGUAAAAAGAGCAAAGUAAUCUGAAUGUAAUGAGAUGAAUGUUGUAACAUUAAUAAAAUACUUAGUCGCCUCUAACAAUUUUUGAAAAAAUAAAACAAUUAAAAAUGGCCAGCAAAAAGAUGGAAAAGGUUGGGACACCCCUGCUUCACUUCAAGUAGUCCUGAGCCUCUAAGUUAUGUAAACAGUAAUAGAUUUAUGGCAUACUGCGGUUGUCAUGGUUACCCUGGCAUUUAUUUAGGAUGAAAUGUUUGUGUAGCUGUGACAUGCUGUGUAAAUAAAACACAUCAAAAUAAUGUUUUUACACGCUUCUCUUUCCAUGAGUGACGUCAUCCAUGCAUCCAGCCCCUCCCAUAGCAAGGGGGAGGAGUUAAAAGGAUGGCCUUAUAAGGGAAGAAAUGUGGCGCUUGAGCGAUAAUGAUGAUGCAACUGAUGGCUGAUGGAGGCUGCAGGAAAGACGUUCGCCUCCCAGUAGACACACUUGUGCUGCAUACCCUUCUACUGCAGAAAGUCUGAAAGUAAAACAUAUGUUUAUUGCCAUGGACUUUCAUUAAAAAGCAAUAAAACUAACAUUAGUAAGUAA